GCAUGGGCAGCAGUAGGAGCGAUAGCAGUAGCAGUCUCCAAUCACAUGUAAUUCUACUGCUUCUCUAACUUGCUUGCCACUUUCCAGAGAGAGAGAAAGUGAGAGAGAGAGAGAGAGAGAGAGAGAGAGAGAGAGAGAGAGAGAGAGAGAGAGAGAGGAGAAAAAAGAAAAAUAAUUUGGAGCCAUUGUCCCCUUGGAGAAAAAAGAGAGACGGAGGGAAACGAGGGAGCACUGUUAAACGAGAGGAGCGGUGAGAAGGAGAAGUCAUAGGAUGAUUUUGGGAGGUAUAAACCGUGCGGGGGCGAUGCCUGCGUUCCUGCGGACCCCCACUAUGAUCCAGCCACACCUGGAUAUGAAGCCCUUCCUGCAGUUCCCCAUGGACACAGCUCCACCACAACACAGCAUGGGCCUGUUUCACAACUUCAACACCGUGAGUAGUAUAUACAAAACCAUGGACCCAGUUCAGAAGGCGGUGAUUAACCAUACCUUUGGCGUUCCGCUGGUGAAGACCAAGAGGCCCAUCAUCUCCUGUAACGUGUGCCAGAUACGCUUCAACUCCGAGAGCCAGGCAGAAGCCCACUACAAAGGCAACCGCCACGCCCGGAGAGUCAAAGGCAUCGAGACCUCCAAGAGUCGCCCCCAGGAGGGUGACAAGCCGGCCCCACCUGUCCCCCCCUCCCCGUCCGACCCCAGUGGACCCCAUACAGGCACCUCGGACAUCAGCGACCCCUGCAACGCAGACGAACCGCGCCCUCUGUCGUCACAGUUUAAUGGGGGACCUCUGCUGGCCCUGCCUGGGCCCCUACACCCCCUGCCUCCCCUCUCCACCUCUCCCACCACCGACUCCCCCCUUGCCGCCUCUGUGUGUCCCAUGCUGACCUCCCCCACCCUCACCCCUCCUCCUCUGCUCCCCCAAUCCUCUGACUCUCCCCUGGCUUUCGGCACCACCAACCCAGACCAGAGUGGUGGUCCAGUGGCCCCUGUUGCUCCCGGGGCCCCGGCCGGCCCAGAGACAGAGGAGGACAAAGCUAAGAAACUCCUCUACUGCUCACUCUGCAAAGUAGCCGUCAACUCCCUUUCACAACUGGAGGCUCACAACAAAGGCACCAAACACAAAACUAUCCUGGAGGCUCGCAGUGGGCUGGGUCCCAUUAAGGCGUACCCUCGACUGGGCCCCAAACUCCCAGGGGAGCUGGGAGGGGGGCCGCUGGACCCCAACACUCAGGAACGCACCUUCCACUGUGAGAUUUGCAACGUGCGGGUCAACUCCGAACUGCAGCUCAAGCAGCACAUAUCUAGUCGAAGGCACCGGGACGGAGUGGCAGGGAAACCCAACCCACUCCUCAGCCGACACAAGAAGCACAGGGGGGCUGACCUCACGUCCUCUCUGACCUUCUCUAAGGAUCUCUCCAAAUGUUUGGGCGCUGGGCUCUUGCCCAGUCCCCUGGCGGUUGCCGCAGCGAUGGCCGCCGCCGCUUCCUCAAACCACCAAUUGGCUCAGCUUCGCGCCGCAGCGUCUUCCGUCCAUCACCCCUCGCAUCACCACCACCACCACCUAUUACAGGGCCCACCUCUCAGCCACGCCAUCCUAAGACCCGCCCCCGGACCCAUGCGUACCUCCCACGGGCCAAUCCUCUUCUCUCCUUACUGACUCCACCCCCCUCCACCUCGGCCAGUCAGGAGCAGCCACUCCAAAAGCACACUGUGAAGAAAAUAAUCAAAAUAAACGACAAACAGCAAUUGAUAGGUUAAACAAAUCAUCGGUGAACAAAUCAAACGUAAAAAUCAUCUAGAGGAGUAGAAAAGAAAGGGAAGAGGGCACCCUGACCUGAAACUCUCCCUCCAUCUCAUAGACUUGUGCCUGCGAGUGAUCGACUGAUGGAGAAAGCGAGAGAGAGAGAGAGAGAGAGAGAGAGAGAGAGAGAGAGAGAGAGAGAGAGAGAGAGAGAGAGAGAGAGAGAGAGAGAGAGAGAGAGAGAGAGAGAGAGAGAGAGAGAGAGCGAUAGGAGGAGCGAUACACAGUAUGCAUUGGAUAGACUCCCCUGUUCGUCUCUCACCUCCCCACCUCCCUCUCCCCCACACACUGUGAGAUCCAUCACUGCAUACAGCGAUAGAACAAACUGAUGAGACUGAUUGCGCACACACACACACGCACACACGCACACACACCCCUCCACUGCAGCUAACUAUUCCAGUGCAGUAUGCGCUGGGCCACACUAUAAGUAUGUAUGGUUUCCUCAUCAUUCUUUAACAUGCACUUAGUCUACUAUUCACCUCCACCUCUUCCUAUGCACCUCCAAACCAAGAGAAUAUUGUUACUAUAGUAUGCCAGUACAGUAGGCUAGCUGCUUUUCAGUGGUCUUCUUCUUCGCUAUUAUAAACGUGUGUAGCCAUGUAUAAGUAUAGCAAUAUUCCACAAUACUGUACAUUUCUCCUCCCGCUCUCGGGGGCACAAACGAAACAGGCAACCCUAGGGUGACCCCUAGGCUCUCUUCCUAUUGGUGGACCUAUAGGUCCUUGUUAGAGUAUUACUGUGGGUGACAACAGGAUUGGGAUGGUCACGCCUUGAUGUGGGACGCGUGGGGGCGGGGCAGAGGAGAGAAGAGAACAGGACUGUAAAGCUGAUUGUGAAAAAAGGUGCUAUCUAGAACCUAAAAGGUUUCUUUGGCUGUACCCGUAGGAGAACCCUUUUUGGUUCCACGUAGAACACUUUCCACAGAGGGUUCUACAUAGAACCCAAAAGAGUUCCUCUAGAACCAAAAAGGGUUCUCCUAAUGGGGACAGAGUGUAGGGUGAUUAUGGGGGAGAGAAAGGAGAGAGGGGUAAGAGAGGAGAAAGGGAGCAGGACUCUGGGUUACUUUGUGGCAGGGCUAGGUGAGAGGACGACCAGCGUGGGUCACUGUAUAUCUAGACCCAGGGGCACUGUGGAGGAGGCGGAGACACUCUGGCGUUUGAAAAUAGAUUGUAACAACAAAGAUGGCUGCAGGGGGGGGAGUGUGUCAACCACCAUAACGAUCACAGCUAAACCUCUCCACAGGAUAGGAGAGCGCGAGAACAGAGAGAGGAGCAAGAGCAGAGGAGGCGUGCAUUGGUUCAUACUGCCCCUUUAACACAGUAACCUGGAACCUUGCCAUAUACUCUAACUGUUAUUCUGCAUCUACUACUCAGUGAGACCGCAAUGUGAGUCUUAGUCCUCAAAGUACAACCACACGAGAGUCUGUUCUCGUGUGCGUUUGUGUGUGUCCUCGAGAGCGUGUGGAGAGAAUGAUUUGUGUAUCUGUGAUAAAGCGCAGGGUUCCGGAUUCCAUCCACCUAUGCAAACCCCCCCCAUAUGAACUCCAUACAGUGUUGGUGGUGUGACCAGUGUACAGUAUCUCUACGUAGAGUAUCUCCCUGUAUGUCUCCCUGUCCUUCUCUCUGUUUGGGGCCUGUAGUUCUGGGGUCCGGAAGGGUCAGGGUCUUCUCUUAUGCAUCACUGGGAUCGACCCCCCCCCCUCUCUCAUCCUCUUCCAUCCGGAGGGUUGUUUUAAGGCUACAUAAGGGCAACAACAGGACCGCAAACUUCCAAACGAUCUCUACCAGAUCCCCCGAGAGAAACAAAGAGCGAGAGCGGCACAGCGAGAUGGAGCGAGAGGAGAGAGAGAGAGAGAGAGAGAGAGAGAGAGAGAGAGAGAGAGAGAGAGAGAGAGAGAGAGAGAGAGAGAGAGAGAGAGAGAGAGAGAGAGAGAGAGAGAGAGAGAGAGAGAAGACACUGAACUUAACUGACAACCACCCCGGAGCACUACCACAGCAAGGUCACACGUAGUCUAUUUAGGACAGGCCUGGGAGACCCUGCCCAGCCCUCUUUAUUUUGGACUUCCACGCCUUCCUGUCUUUAAACGGAAAGCAAUGCUAUGUGUAUUAUUUCCCCGUGACUGAUCAGUGUUUUGUUCUGUUGUGUUUUGGGUUGGUUGGGUCAUCUCCAUAGUUACCUACAGAAUUAUAGUGACGUGCUAAUAAUAAUAAAUACAAUUCUAUUUAGGAGGGAAUGGUUGGAGACGGGUGGAAGUGAGACGGGUGGAAUAUUUAGGAGUUGGUAAGAUACCGGAUGCAGAGACUGUGCUGUCCACCUACAGUAGGCUACCUGAACUGAGAAUUAGACGAAGAGAAGCCUGCCCUGCUGAACACUGCUGUAGCACUGGGCCUCAAAACGGAGGAAAACUAGCCGAAACGGAGCUGAACAGGGCGGUACUACCUGAACUCGUCCAAUAAGAAACGCCAGGCGUUCGUUUUCUGUUGCAAAAAGUGCCCUAAUGAACACCACCCCAAACGGAGAUGUACACUGCCCUUCCAGCGAGAAGCAAUGUGUUCUAAUGUCUUACCUUUUGAUCGGAGCGUUAACUUGUUGUUGUUAAGCGUAAACAGUGUGUUGUACACUACAGGGUAAUGUACAGUGAACUCUGGGUCCUAGAUGUGCUUAAAUACAUUUUUGUCCUGGCCAGGUCACAUGGUCGAGUCACAUAGUAAAACUCUACCAUAGUAAAAAGACAUGUAAAACUCCUGGUCCUAUGAAUGGGAAACGUGCCUGAUAAUAGGCCUUUUAUGUUCGUCCACAGAGGAGCUGGCCUGCAGAGGGUACAGUAGAGAAGCCCAAUACUAAAUGGACCCCUAGACCCUAUGCACUUGCAGCGAUCUCAGCGGAUUGGACACAACAAUACCGUCUAGUCAAUCAGUCGGCCAGAUUGCGCUACCACCAUAUUGCGUAUCGAAUCAUCUUAAGAUUUCUUCAAGUGCGUAGGUUGAAGGGUCUAGAGGUCGUUUUGGGACAGGGCCGGGAAGAAGGACAAUAAAGAAGUGGUUUAGGGAAGGGCCAUUAAUAUUAGAGGGGUCUAAUCCAACGGUAAUUAUGGCUGUGGUCCAAUUCUCUGACCUACCCAAGUGUGCAAUCCUACACCCACCCUCGUGGAUUUAAAAUUGACUGGUGUAAGGAACAUGGCGUAAAUCAUGCUUGCAAAAAUCCAAUGCUUUUAAAUAAGGGGGAGUGAAGAAGUGUACACUUACGGGUGAAAGAGAGAUAAUUGGAAAGCAGCCAAUCUCUGCUUGGGGAACGGUACGUCCAUGCCAGGUAGCUGGCAUUAAAGUUGAUCUGACAAGAUGUUUUCAUUUAGUUUGGACUUUUUUGUGUUUUUGUUGCAUUGUGUUUCAUUUUCGUGUGUGAGAAAUAAGGUUGAGUAUUGAGUAAUAAAUCCUGAUAUGACAGAAUACAUGAUUAUAUCAAUGCCAUUAUGUAAGAGCUGACUCAGUCAGUUUAUCCACCAAUGUGCUCUUUUGGUUAACUUGAUCUUAAUCCUGAUCUUAAACUUGAUCUUGACUUGGUGGAGAUUAUUUCAUUUGUAGUGAAGUUAAAAAGUGUACUUGGAGUAGUGCUCUUGUUCAUGUUGGUGUGUAAUCAUUAUGUCUGCGUCCCAAAUGGUACACUAAGCCCAUAGCGCUCUGGUCAAAAGUAAUGCACUAUAUAGGGAAUAGGGUGCCAUUUCAGAUGCACCCUGUGUAAUAUUGUCUGUGUUGAGACCUGCUCUCCCCACUCUCCACCAAUAAGAGACCAGAGAAGCCAUGGCUGGAACAGAAGUGGCCUAUCACGAUAUACAGGAGACAAACCUUAACCCAGGCAGGGUGGCCGACCACAAUAGAGGAGACAAACCUUAACCCGCCCACGCAGGCACAGACGUUAAGCGAUUGUUUCUUGAUAUAAGGUUGACGAAGCAUCAAACAUUAUUAACAACCAUGACCCAACCGAUCAGUUCAAAGGGUUUGAUUCUGUCACUGUUAGAUCCAUGAAGUUGAAAUUCACAUCUAUGUUCAUAUCGUAGUCACCUCAAAUGGUACGUACAUCCUCAUGUAAUUAUUCAAUACUGUUGAACAUAUUUUCUGAACAGGUGUCCUGGUAGCUGUGUGUAGGAUCUUAGCCUUAUUCCAUCCUUAUUAGUCACCAGAGGCAGAGAAUGCUGCCCAAAUGGCACCCUAUUCACUAUGUACUGCCCUGGUCAAAAGUAGUGCACUUUAUCGGGAAUAGGGUGCCAUUUGGAAAACAUCCAGAGAAAGAUAAAGAUGGAGACACUUUGGUGAAACCGUGUCUUGCCAAUAAAGUACUUUUUUUGAAUUUCAUUGUCAGAGGGGAAAAGUAAGAGUUUGUAUGUCGAAUUGUAGCAAUACCCAACUCAUACUGGCUACUCUUGUUUAUUGCAAUAAUAAUAAAAAAAUGAACCAAUAAAAUACA